UGCUGAUUCGAGUGCGGUGCAUCUUCUCGGGAUUUCUCGGCAAACGGGUGUGGUCGCCUUCGUUCUUUCUAUUGCCAUAGUAUAAACAGAGAAAUGUCUUAUUCGUUUACAUGAAAAAGACGUCAAAGGGAUUUAAGAUUUAUGAUCUUCUUUUUUACAAUUUUCCCACCAUUUUGUCAUUUGUAUUAUGCAUUCAUUUCGCAUGUAAUUGUUGGAAGAUUAUCAAGCCGUGGGCAAUUCUGCUUUUUGCAAGGGCUUUUGGAGGAACUCUUUUGUCUUAGAGGAACAUUGUUUUUCCAUCUCAUAUCCAAGAUUCAAGGAUCCAUCUGUUCCUCGCUGGACGCAUUCGAUCGAAAUACAUUUCGUGCUAUUGCUGUCGCGGCAUACAUGAUUUAAUACAGUCAUUAGAUAUUUUCCACGGUAAUAAUGGCCUGGCCCUGCAUUACCAGGGCAUGUUGCAUCAACCGUUUCUGGAGUGAGUUGGACAAAGGUGACAUCGCUGUGCCUUUGGUGUUUACAAAAUAUUCCGAUGUGACCGAUGAGCAGCAUUUCCAUGUGCGGCACCAGCGAAAACAGCCGCAUCCCCAGUCUCGACUGGCCAUAGAAACACAGCCAUCCCAUAGUAAUCGGGUAGGAGUAGCUGGUGCUUCAGCUGCUGCUGAUGUUGCGCAAUUGUUGAGCUCAUCUGUAAUGCGCCAGGACUUCAAAGCUUGGAAAGUCCGCCCGGAACGAAGCUGCAAGCCCAAGAACGAGUAUCAUCCGUCGCAUACCCCUUUCAAUAAUGAGACGCAGUACCAGAAGGAUUUCAAGCCUUGGCCGAUUCCGAAUAAGCGAGACCACCCUUGGAUUCCCAAGCCUAGUGCGAGCAGCUUUGUGGCCAGUGACACAGAGCAAAGGUCUCGGUACGCCGGUCCUGCUGCGUCUGCGGAGGAUGCCGGUGGUGUGGAGAAGAGCGAAAUUACUGACAAGGUGCAGGAGAAGGAGAUUAGAGAGAAAAAAAAGAAGCAAGGGAAGAAGUCACUUGAAAAGGUUAAAGCAGAUGGCCUGCAACCUAGGGGUGAAGUUGUUGGGAGCAAAGGAAGGGCUGUGGCAGAUGCACUGAACAGGCAGAUAAAGGAGGAAUUCACAGGAAGCUCGUAUAGGAAUGAAUUCAAAGCUUAUGCUGACGUGAAGCCAGUGAGGCCGAUAAAAGCCAAACCACAGUACGCCCCCCCAGUGGAAGAGAAGGCUAGCCUGGAGACCAGCUACAGCGCCACCUUUAGGGGGGAGCAAGUGCAGAACAUACCCACUGACAACAAGAUACAGGAGCAUCGAAGGAUACGCAGCUUGUACAGUGAGCCUGGCAAAGAACCCAUUAAGGCGGAGAGGCCAAGCACUCCUCAUUCUAAACCAACGAAGACAACGACACCAAGCUGUAGUAAACCUGUAAAGAAAGGGAAAGAGAAGCAGCUGUCAUCGGUGCGGAGUGCCAAGAAAAAGGAGGAGGAUCCCAAGUCAGCACCCACAGAGAAUGACAAAAAGAAAAGUAAAGAGAUUAACAACAAACUUGCUGAAGCUAAAGAGUAAUAGUACUGUAGUAUCACUGUUAUUUUUUGAUGGGAAAAAUGAACAUCUUCUCUCUGCCUUCACUCUUAUUUGCUUCUUAGUUUGUAGAUAUGAUUGUUUUUAUACUCAUUCUGAAUGUGGAUGUAGUAGUGUCAGUUUUUCCACAUCUAUCCCAUCAUCACUGCAUAGCAUUUCAGUAUUAUACUCUAAGGAAGUUAUUUGAGUUACUUUCUGUGUUGAUGAAUUUAUGUUUUAUUAAACCGGAAGUGAUCAGGUGUAAGCAAACAGAUACCAAGACACCAGUGGAUAUUUUAAAGACAGACCUUAAAAUAUAGAAAGUUUCUUUUAUCUCAUAUAUUAUACAAAGUUUAGAAAGUUCUAAAUUAUUUUCAUUAAUUUUCUAUUUAAUUUGUACACAUAUUCAAGAUUUUUAAAAAGGCAUAGACAAGCCAAAGACAACUAUACUGCCUGUGCAGUUAUGCAAUUAGUAUAAUUGUGUAUUAGACUUGGACUGAAGAAAGCAAGACUGAUUUAAAGACAAGGUAAUUGUACCCAGUAUCACGGAGUCAUGAAACUCACAAGUAUGGAUCCAAUUGCAGAAUUUAUUUUCCAAAAUCCAAAUUGCUAUUGCAAAAUCAAGUUAAACAUUCAUGCAAAAGUAGAUUAGGUGUAGACAGAGUUUUGAGGUCAAUUCAGAAUCGUAUAACUAGAGAAAAAGCACCCCUGUACUAUAGCCUCCUGAGAAAAAAGUGUCCUUCAAUUUUAGGUUAUUUGUCUUUGGAGGAAAUAAGACAUCUUACAAUUUAGAUUUUUUCAACUUUAUUUUUAUUUUUAAUUUCACAGCAUGUCCUCUUUAGUGUACAACAG